AUGAAGGGAGACCCCUCUAAGAGGGACACCAGUAAAUACUGUGCAUUCCACGGGGAGCACGGACAUUACACCAACAACUGCAAUGCUUGGAAAAGGCAUCUUGAGGAGCUGGUCAGAGAAGGUCAUUGCACAGAAUUCGUCGCAAAGAGGGCCAUUCAGCAGAUCGAGGAUCGUGAUGCGGCUGCCAAGGAGCCUCCCCAAAAGGUCAUUCGAAUCAACACCAUUCUAGCUGACUCCCGGGAGUCCGGGCUGACUACCAAGGAGCGAAAGAGGAAGAUCGCGCAGGCAACUUAUGUCUCCCAAGUCACAACAGGAGUACCAGUCAUUGUGGAUACACCCAUCAUUGGUUUCCAGAAGAAGGACUUGAUCGGGCUUGACCUACCGCAUAAUGACGCGCUAGUCAUCUGCAUUGAAAUUGAACAAGCUGUGAUCGAGCGAAUUCAUGUGGAUGAGGGCAGCGCAGCUAACAUCCUGCAACUAUCUGUCAUCCAACAGAUGGGAUUGGAGCCCAAGAUUAGCAAACUUGCCAGGUCGCUUACCGGCUUCAAUGGGGCCACAUCAAUCACUGUUGGAACGAUCGACCUUGACGUCCACUCACCCCUAGUGCUCUGCUCUCAAACCUUCAUGGUCAUCAACGAGAUCUCCCCUACAAUGGAAUCUUGGGCCGACCGUGGAUCAGCAAGAUCAAGGCCAUCACAUCUGCUCUACACCAGAAGAUUCGCUACCCCAUCCCUGGAGGCGGAAUCGAGCAGAUCAAUAGAUUGGAAGCCUGAGGAUGACGUCGAGUUAGUACCCCCUGAUCUUGGCCAGCCAGACAAAGAAGCGCAUAUCGGCUCGUACCAGAAUCCAAACAAGAAGGAUCGAGAGGAGGGAAUCCGCCCGGAAGGCUCCCUUGAAGAAGGUUGGAAGCCUGAGGAAGACGUUGAGUUAGUACCCCUCGAUCCUAACCAGCCAGACAAGAAAGCGAGGAUUGGCUCGCGCCUAAGCCCAGACGAGAAGGUGGAGCUGAUCAUCUUCCUCCAAAACAACAAAGACAUGUUCGCGUGGUCACCAUCUGACAUGCCCGACAUCGACCCAGACAUCAUCUGCCACCGCCUCCAUGUCAACCCUGCCAGCAAGCCCGUGGUGCAGAAGAGACGCAACUUCGCUACUGAGAGAGUCGCAAUCAUUGAAGCCGAGAUCGACAAGCUUCUAGACGCUGGAUUUAUUGAAGAGGUCUUCUACUCAGAAUGGCUGGCCAACGUCGUUCUGGUGGCAAAACAAGAAAAUGGCAAAUGGAGAGUGUGCGUCGAUUACACCGACCUCAACAAAGCAUGCCCUAAAGAUAACUUCCCAUUGCCGAGGAUCGACCAGCUCGUGGAUUCAACUUCCGGCAACCAGCUGCUCAGAUUCAUGGAUGCCUACUCCGGCUAUAAUCAAAUUAUGAUGUACGACGAUGACAAGGCAAAGACCUCUUUCAUCAUCGAGAGAGGGACCUACUGCUACAAGGUCAUGCCCUUUGGGUUGAAGAACGCUGGAGCAACCUAUCAAAGGCUCGUGAAUAAGAUUUUCAAGGAGCAGAUCGACAGAACCAUGAAAGUCUACGUGGAUGAUAUGCUGGUCAAAGCCCCCAAGCGUGGAGACCACCUCAAAAACCUCAUCGAGGCAUUCAACCUGCUCUGUCAAUACCGCAUGAAGCUGAAUCCAAGUAAAUGCACGUUUUGGUGUAUCAUCGGGCUGAUUCCUGGGGUACUUAGUCACACAACGAGGUCACACCCAAGCCAAAUCAAAGCCAUUCCCGAGAUGAAGUCACAUUCCACAGUGAAGAAAAUACAAAGUCUUACGGGCAGAGCAACAGCCCUCAACCGAUUCCUCUCGAAGUCUACCGACAAGUGCAGACCAUUCUUCAAAGCUUUGAAGAAGGGGCAAAAAGACAAGUGGGACGAGGAAUGCAAAGUAGCUUUCCAGAGUCUAAAAACCUACCUUACUUCACCUCCCCUGCUCUCGAAGCCAAUUCCUGGUGAAGACUUGUUCGUGUACCUGGCAGUGUCCAACUCGGCCAUCAGCUCAGCUCUCAUCCGAGAAGAACUUGGGGCCCAACAUCUGAUAUUCUACACGUCAAAAGCUCUCCUCGAUGUAGAGACUCGCUACCCAAAAUUGGAUAAGCUCAUUUUGGCCCUUGUCGUUUCCGUGAGAAAGCUGCGACAUUAUUACCAAGCUCACCGAGUCAUCGUUAUGACUGACUUUCCUUUGAGAUCAAUUCUCCACAGCCCUGAUGCUUAUCAGCGACUCAUGAAGUACGCAAUAGAGCUAAGCCAAUACGACCUCCUCUACCGGCCGAAGACUGCAAUACAAGCUCAGGCCUUAGCAGACUUUGUUGCAGAAUUCACACAAUCAGCAGAAGAAGAGAAGCUGGUCAGCAAAAAGAAGGAAAGUUUGAGAGUAAACAAGACCUCCACGGAACCUAACCAACCCAAAGACAUGUGGCAGUUACGCGUAGCUGGAGCGUUGAACCAAAAAGUAGCUGGAGCAGGCGUCGUCAUCGUCACCCCAGAUGGAACCCUAUUAGAGCAAGCUAUCACAGUUGCCUCCCUGGCUUCAAACAAUGAGGCAGAGUACGAGGCACUGCUUGCUGGCUUGCGCUUAGCAAAGGAGCUAUCAAUCAAGAAGUUGGCCAUAUACUCAAAUUCCCAGCUAAUCACAAGUCAAGCAUCAGGAGAAUACAUGGCGAAGCACCCAAGGAUGAUCUUGUGCCUUGACAAAGUCCAAGAGCUGUUGAAGGCGUUUCCUACCUUUACCGUUCAGCAGGUGCCCCGAGUAGAGAACGCGCACUCAGAUGCACUGGCAAGCUUAGGAUCAGCGCUGGAUACCCAGUUCAGACACUCCAUCCUAGUCAAGCACCUUGACCAGCCUAGCAUAGAAGAGGCAGAGCAGCCGAACCUGAUGCAGAUCGACGAGGAUCCUAGCUGGCAAAACCCCAUCAUUGACUACCUGGUCAACGAAAACUUGCCAAAGGAAAAGUUCUAUGCCAGGAAAACCUAG